AAAUCAUGAGCAACAUGAUGCUUCUUGGUAACUCUGGUAGUUUAUGUUGUAAAGAACUCAGAUUGGUGUUUGUUUGUCCAAAAGUAAUUACCAGAGCCGGCCCAAGGCAUAGGUGAACUAAGCGGCUGCUUAGGGCCCCGCAGCCACUAGGGGGCCCCGAGACAGAAGUAUGGUAAACUGAACUGACCAUAGAGUUAACACAGAGUAAUAACUUAUUACUCUCUAAAUUAUGUAUUUCUGUUUAUUUUUUUCAGUGUGAAUCAUCCGAGGUUGUCCGUCACGAUGGAUCCGUCUCCCAUUUUUUUAUCCUGUCAACCCAUUAUGAAGCUUACAGAAAAGCACAGGAUACCUAGUUAGCAGAUAUUUAUUUAUUUUAUUUAUUUUAAUAUAUUCUGGUUGGAACUUUAUACAUUUUUUUAUUUCAAAAACAUAUUUAUUAAAAAACUCAACAGAUAAAAAAAUCAGAUUAUUUUGAUUAGUUUGUAUUUGAAAACCUUGCUAGCAGUGAUGGAAACAGCUACAUUAGCGACCCUGGCUGCUGCCACCACUGUGGUUCUGGCGUCUCAGACGGACAUGUCCGCAUACGUUUGGCUCCUGGUGCUCGGCUUCAUCAUCGCCUUCAUCCUGGCCUUCUCCGUCGGGGCCAACGACGUGGCCAACUCCUUUGGCACGGCGGUAGGCUCCGGAGUGGUCACCCUGCGGCAGGCCUGCAUCCUGGCCACCAUCUUUGAGACGGUGGGCUCAGUGCUGCUGGGGGCCAAAGUCAGUGAGACCAUCAGGCAGGGGAUCAUCGACGUGAGGAUGUACAAUGGCUCAGAACAUGUCCUCAUGGCCGGAUCUAUAAGUGCCAUGUGUGGCUCGGCUGUGUGGCAGCUGGCCGCAUCGUUCCUGAAGCUCCCCAUUUCUGGGACACACUGCAUUGUUGGAGCCACAAUCGGGUUUUCUAUGGUAGCCAGAGGCCACCAAGGGGUCAAAUGGAUGGAACUCCUGCGGAUCGUGGCAUCCUGGUUCCUGUCACCUGUACUGUCAGGAAUCAUGUCAGGAAUUCUCUUCUAUUUCAUCCGCAAAUUCAUCCUGAACAAAGCUAACCCCGUACCAAAUGGACUGAGAGCGCUCCCUGUCUUCUACGCCAUCACUAUGGGCAUCAACCUUUUCUCCAUCAUGUUCACAGGAGCUCCAUUGCUGGGCUUUGACAGAGUGCCAUGGUGGGGGACGCUCUGCAUUUCCCUGGGCUGCGCCGUCGUCACCGCUUUGCUCGUUUGGUUCGUCGUCUGUCCACGCCUCAAGAUAAAAAUCGAGCGAGAAACACGCCCCACUGCUCCCAGUGAAACUCCACUGAUGGAGAAGUCCUCCAACAAACCUGCACCAGAGGAGCAACAUCAAAUCCCACCUAACCCUCCACUUCAGAGCCCUCCAGCUGAAAGCCAGAAGGUGGCCUUCAAACUCGGAGGCUCAGAGGAAGCCGACCUAAACAACGAUGUGGAGGCCAAAGACCUGGACCCCGCCAACGGUCUGAACGGGACUGUUGGCCACAUGACAAUCACAGACCCUCACAGCGGACGCUCCCAUACAAUUCACAGAGACUCGGGCCUCUACAAAGACCUGCUCCACAAGCUCCACAAGGCCAAGGUCGGGGACUGCAUCAGUGACAGCGACACGGAGGAGCGGCCCAUGAGGAGGAACAACAGCUACACCUCCUACACCAUGGCUAUCUACGGAAUUCAAACGGAUCCUAAGUAUAGAGAUGUGGACACCGGAUCCCAGAGGAGGUCUCGGGUGGACAGCUACAGCAGCUACAGCUCAGCGUUGACCAGCGGGAGUGUGGUCCCGGAUGAGAGCGUGACCCAAGAAGCCGGUGGGGACCUAGCUCCGGAGGAGGAUGAGCUGGAGAUCGACCAGCCUGCUGUUUCGUUGCUUUUCCAGUUUUUGCAGAUCCUCACAGCGUGCUUUGGCUCUUUCGCUCAUGGGGGGAAUGAUGUCAGCAAUGCCAUCGGCCCACUGGUGGCUCUCUGGCUCCUCUAUGAGAGCGGCUCAGUCAUCUCCACUGCACCCACGCCCAUCUGGCUGCUUCUUUAUGGAGGAGUGGGGAUCUGUGCUGGACUCUGGGUCUGGGGUCGCAGGGUCAUCCAGACCAUGGGCAAAGACCUGACCCCCAUUACACCCUCCAGCGGAUUCAGCAUUGAACUGGCUUCAGCCGUCACUGUCGUCGUAGCGUCUAACGUUGGUCUGCCUGUCAGCACAACCCACUGCAAGGUGGGAUCUGUGGUGGCGGUGGGUUGGCUGCGCUCCAGGAAAUCAGUGGACUGGCGUCUGUUCAGGAAUAUCUUCAUCGCCUGGUUCGUUACAGUGCCCAUCUCUGGCCUGCUCAGCGCUGCCAUCAUGGCUCUCUUCAUACACGUCAUUCUGUGAGGCUCAGUUUCUGUUGUGACUCUCUGUGCAGAAUGUGCCUGAAGCUGUUUCAUUUGUUCUGCGUUAAUAAUUCAGUGUAAUUUUAGCUCAAGACAAAUAUUUAUCGCACAAAGAUGUUUGUCAUAAAUUAUGCAGGCUGUAGUAGCGCUUUUCUAAUGUCAAAAAGACUGUGAUCCUGUAAAUGUUUCUGUAUAUUUGUAUAAAAGCAAUUUGUUUUCAUCAGAUUUAUUCAGUUUUUACAAGUGUACAAAAGAUCAUGGGACUUUUCAGUAAGAACUUUGCCUUGAAUGAAAGGAUUUUAAUGUUCUUAAGUGAUUAUUAGCUGUCACUGAAUGUGUGUGUGUGUGUGUGUGUGUGUGUGUGUGCGCAUAUGUGUGUGUGCAUGGAAAAAAAGUAAAAUCAAUGUAACAUGAUAGUUUUGUAACAAAAUAAAUGCAUGAUUAUGAGCUGAUUGAGCUGUUAUUUCUAAAUUAACAGCUGUUUUUUGUAAUUAUUUUUAUAAAGAGCAUAGGAAAUUUUGCUGUUGUAUUUUUAUGUAUAUAUAUGAUAUACUUGUACAAAAAUGGAAUAUGUGACACUGCUCUGGAGUUGACCUAAUGUUUCAAAUAAACCUAAAAUAUAAAUGGUGAA